UACAGCCUACUUCCUCCCCCUUCUCUCUCUCGAUUCACCAUUUCACUUCCGCAAUUGAUUGCUCCUCCUGGAUGCGGCAAAACCGCGCCUUUCUUGUUCUUCUGCUCUAGCUGCUUCUAGAGUCCGACGCGGUCGCGGGCGGAAAAUGGCAAUGAGGGCGAGGCUAGGGCGGUUGUGGGACGGAUCCGAGGAGAGAAACACUUCGUCGGAGACUAAGGGGAAGAGCGGCAGCCCCGGGCCGAAGCGUUUCCCCAUCAGGAUGAUCGUCGCCGUCUUGGUUGCCCUAUUUGUGCUGGUCUACUUCUACUCCAGCGGCACGAGCUUCAGUCGGAGUGAACGAGGAGUUGAUUCACAAUCUCUCAUAGAACGGAACUCUAAAGCACAAUCAGUUCCUACUACUACUAUCACACAACCCUCUGAAGUACAAUCAAGUCCUUCGGUUACAACACAACCAUCUGAGGCACAAUCAAUUCCUACUGCUACUGCUGCUGCUGCUGUUACAGAACCAUCUGAAGUAGAAUCAAGUCCUUCUACACAACCUUCCAAAGCACAAGCAGUCCCUAUUAAAUUGAACUGUCCAAAUGAAGCAGCACCCGUCUGCCAAAGAUCUUCUAGUCUAGCAUCUACUCUCUCCCUCAAAACACCCCAAUUAUCCCCUACUUGUCCUGAAUACUUUCGGUGGAUUCACGAGGACUUGCGCCCUUGGAAAUAUGAUGGAAUAACAAAGGAAUUAAUUGAAAGUGCUAAGAGUUUAGCAACCUUCCGUUUGGUGGUUCUUGACGGCCGAGUUUAUGUUGAGGAAUACUUUGGACAUUCAAUGGCAAGGAAUGUGUUCACCCUCUGGGGUAUCAUCCAGCUCAUUAACAGAUAUCCUGGGCGUGUACCUGAUCUUGAUCUCAUGUUCAACUGCAUGGACCAACCAUCUGUCAAGUCUGCUCAGUAUAGCCCAUCAACUCUGCCACCAGUCUUUCAUUAUUGCAAGGAUGAUCAGACAUCGGAUAUUCUCUUCCCCGACUGGUCCUUCUGGGGUUGGCCCGACACCAAUAUACAACCAUGGGCACCUUUGAUGGAGGAGAUGAAGCAAGCAAACGAAGAGAUGAAGUGGGUAGAUAGAGAGCCAUAUGCCUUUUGGAAGGGUAAUCCAACUAUGGGUGCCAAUAGGCAGGAGCUUCUACAGUGUAAUGUCACCAGGGAACAGGACUGGAAUGGUAGAAUCUAUACUCAGGAUUGGAGUCGCGAGGAAGAGCAAGGGUACCAGAGCUCAAACUUGGCUAAACAAUGCAACUAUAGAUACAGAAUUUAUGUAGAUGGUCUUGCAUGGUCAGUGAGCCAGAAGUAUGUAAUGGCAUGCGAUUCGCCCACAUUGUUUAUCGACACACCUUGGUAUGAGUUUUUCCAAAGAGGUCUCAUGCCAGGGCAUCACUACUGGCCUAUACCAGCGAACGAUAAGUGUAAAGCUAUCAAAUUUGCAGUUGACUGGGGUAAUAAGCACCAUAAGGAGGCACAAGCUAUGGGAAAAGCAAGCUUCAAAUUCUUCGAAGAAGAAGUGAAGAUGGAUUAUGUUUACGAUUACAUGUUGCACGUGCUCACCGACUAUGCCGAACUUUUAAGAUAUAAGCCUACCGUGCCAGAGAAAGCCACUGAGAUAUGCUUGGAAUCCAUGGCCUGUCCUGCACAAGACAAUGUCAAGAAAUUCAUGUUGGAGUCGAUGGAGAAAUCAACAGGUGUUUCGGAGCCAUGUAAAUUACCUCCGCCUUUCGCUCCAGAAGAACUCCGACAGCUGAAUGACAAGAAAGCCGAUGCAGUCAGGCAAGCGAUCAGCUGGCACCAAAAUGCUCGGGCAGAACGGAGAAGGAAGUUCUAGGCAGUUACGCAUGGAGCUUGAUCUAGACUGAAAUGUCGGAAAUUGUCGAGUUUCAUAAUAUACGGGCAAAAAUGGCGUGUUUCAUUUAAUGAAUCGGUCAAAUGAGUAUUUUUUUUAUAUAUAAAAAUUAUCAAAUGUACACUCCAUUAUCUUUUUUUUAUUCUGAAAGUAUUCCUAUAGCUAU